UCGGAAUACCAAACUCGCUUAUUAGGGGCAGGUUUGUGCACAGCAGUUAUGUUUUACUAACUUGGUUGAGUUUUUGAGGAACUGAUGAAGGUAAUUAGUGCGGAUAGAGUAGCGGAUACUAUCUACGUGGAUUUUAAUAAGCCAUUUGAUAAAAUUCAUCAUGGUUGGCUGAUUCAGUAGAUUAAGAUACAUGGGAUUCACAGUGAUCUGGUAGUUUGGAUUCAGAAGUGGCUUAGCCAUGGAAGUCAGAUAUAUAUAAGAGAGAGAGAGAGAGAGAGAGAGAGAGAGAGAGGCUGUCAAAGAAUACAGCUGCAUAAAAUUCAGUUAGAUCAAUUACAGAUACGGAAGGAACAAUGGCAGAUGGUGUUUAAUCCAAGCAAGUUUGAGGUGUUGCACUAGGGAGGUCGAAUGUAAUGGGAAAGUAUAUAGUUAAUGGCUAGACCAUUAACAACAUUGAUGAACAGGUAGAUCUUGGGGUCCAACUCCAUAGCUCCCUAAUAGUGGCAACAAAAGUAGAUAGUGAUAAAGAAGGCAUAAGGUAUGCCUUUGGUUAGGCCACAUUUGUAGUAUUCUUUGCUGUUCUGUUUACCCUAUUGCAGGAAGCAUGGCUUUGGAGAGGAUGCAGAUGAAGUUUGCCAGAAUGCUGCAUGGAUUAAAGUGUAUUGCCCAUAAGGAGAGGUUGGACAAACUUGGAUUAUUUUCUCUGGAGCAACAGAGCUUGAUGGGAGAUAUGAUGGAAGUAUAUAUUAGUGACAUUGAUAGGGAAGAGACUCAGAAUCUAUUCCCAGGGUAUAGAUAUUGUCCUCAACAUUGAAGACAAUGCAUUGUCAGAGGGGGAAAGCUUAAAGAAGAUGUGCAGAGAGUGGUGGGAGCCUGCAACAUGCUACCGGGGUGGCGGUGGAAGCAAAUACAAUGUUCAUUGUUUAAGAGGCUUUUAGAUAGGCACAUGGAUAUGAAAUAAAUAGAGGGAUAUGGAUCACACGGAGGCACAGACAUUAGAUUAACUUUACAUCAUGUUCGGUACAAUCAUUGUUGCUGCAGCACCUGUUCCUGUGCUUUACUGUCUAUGUUCUAUAUUCUACAAAUUUUAAACAAUUUUAUUUCUCCCUAUCAGACGCCAUUACACAGUGAAACAGAAUGGGAUGAAAUGUUUGAAGCAAAAGGCUUAUCAGUUGUGGAUGUUCAUCAACAAUGGUGUGGACCAUGUAAAGCAAUCUUAAGUGUGUUCAGAAGGUUGAAAAUGGAAUAUGGGGAUGAGCUGUUACAUUUUCACACAGUUCAAGCCAACAUUAUUCCCUUACUACAAGGAUUUGAAGGAAAGUGUGAACCUGCCUUCUUGUUUAUUGCGGCUGGUCAAAUCGUGGAUUAUGUGAAAGGUGUCAAUGCACCAGUUAUUAAUAACAAAAUUAUUGCAUUAAUGGAGACGGAGACUGAUUUUUAUGAGAAGGGAGUGGAACGUCAAGAGGAAACAAAUCCAUUGCCUGUUGUGUUUUUGGUCCAGGUGAAAUUUGAUCCAUUUCAGAAUAAGGCUAUCCAAGCAAUUCAAUUAUACGAUGUGGAAGAUGAAAUAGAAGAAUUUUUGCAAGUGGCAACAUCCAAACAUGUUGACAAAAUUUUUGCAGUGGUGAUAAUCAAACCAAAUGCAGUCAUUACUGGAAAUGACAAUAAUAUCAAAGAGCAGAUUAGUGAGGCAGGACUACAAAUUAUGGCAGAAGAAACAGCACAAUUGACUGAGGAAGAAGCCAAAGAAUUGUAUGAACAUAAAAAACACCAGCGUAACUAUGAAGAGAUUGUGCAAACAAUGUCAAGUGGUGUCUGUGAUGUACUGUUAUUAUCUGAUGAAAUGAAAGAUUUUGUAUUUGACAUGGAUGAAGCUGAAAUUACCAAAACAAACGAUGAUGACAGUGACAUUAGAGAUCUAGCCCACAGGCUAUUCAGUUUCUUUUUUCCCAUAAUUUAUGAAAAAUACAAAAAGAUUGAAAGGACACUAGCAAUCAUCAGCCCACAACUUCUUGAAUUACAAAGAGAUGAGAUAUUGGAGGAGAUUACAAAUGCAAGAUUUACCAUUGGGCGGCAAAAAGAAAUUAAUCUCAUAGAACGGCAGGUGACAGCAUUUUACAACUUCAGUGAGAAAAGUGACUUAUCUCCAGAAUUUAUGGACUAUAUGACAAGUGGUCCGAUAUUGGCAUUAGCAUUGCUCAGAGAUAAUGCAAUACAGCACUGGCAACGUUUACUGGGACCUGAUGAUAUUGAGCUAGCAAAGGAAGAGUACCCAUCAAGCCUGCGCGCAAAAUUUGCUUUGGAAGAUAUUCCAUUUCCCCAACUACAUGGAAGUCAGGACAUUGAAAUUGCAGCAAAGGAAUUACAGUUUUUCUUUCCUGUCGAACACACAUUGGUCGCAAUUAAACCUGAUACUGUACGACAACACAAAGAUAUUAUUAUAACAAGGAUCCAAGAAGGAAGCUUUACUAUCUCUGCAAUUAAAUCAGUUAAGAUGUCAAAGGAGAUGGCAGCAGAAUUCUACCAAGAACACGAAGAAGAGCCAUUCUUUAAUCAAUUGAUAGAAUCUGUGUCUCAGGGUCCAUCAAUGAUCAUAAUUCUUACCAAGGAAAAUGCUGUUAGGGAAUGGACGGAAUUGAUGGGACCUGUAGAACUUGAGCUGGCAAAGUUAGCUUUUCCAAAUUCCCUUCGGGCACAGCUUGAUUCCACUAUUUUAAAAAAUCAACUUCACAGUUCCUCCAGUGCAAAACAUGCUAAGGAUCACAUUAAGCUAUUGUUUGGCGAUACCCUCCGAGAUACAUUUGUUCUAGACGAGGAACCAACUAUUUCCAGUACAGCUUUGCUUUCAAUACCUCCUUCAGCUGAACCUAGUAUCACUGCUAUUGAAUCUACUGAAUUAUUGGAGACUGAGGCUCCCACUGAUGAGCAAGAAAUAAUUGAUACUGAUGGUAUGGUAGCACCUGAGACCCAAGCUAUAUCUAUUCCUGGGGAAGUUGCUGAUUCUGACACCAUAGAUGCAUCUGCGCCUGUUGAAGAAUCAGGUACCAGUGACAUUAAUGGUCCUGGUGAAGUUUCUGUUAUCGAUACCAGCGACACACCAGCUCUUGCUGAAAUGGCUGAUGUUGGCGAUAUAGAUGUAGUUUCUGCUGAAGUUCCUGAUGCUGGUACAGAAGAUAAAUCUGCUCCUGUUGAAGUUCUCGAUGCCCAAGACCUAGUGGUUCCUGAUAAAACCCCUGAUAUUAAUGUUCAAUCUAAUGAAGCCCUAGAAUCCACUGCUCAAGAUGCGCUUGUUCCUAAUGAAGUCCCUGAUGCCAGUACCCUUGAUGUUUCCACUCCGGGUGAACCUCCUGAUUCCACUACCCAAGAUAUAUCUGUUCCUAGUGAAAUCCCUAAAAUCAGUGUGGGGGAUGCAUCCCUUCCAGGUGAAGACCCCGAUUCAGACAUUCAAAAUGUAGCUAUUUCAGAUGAAGCUUCUAAUGUAGCAUCUAGUGAGGUCCCUGACUCCAAAAUUCAAGAUGUUUCUACUCUUGGUGAAGUUCCAGAUAUUUCUGAUCCCACCAAUAAAUCCAGAUCGCAAGACAUUUCUGCACAUGUUGAAGCUCCUGAUGCCAGCACUGAGGAUAUGUCCACUGAUGAUAUAUCCGCUCUUGAUGAGAAUGCGGAAGAUUUAUCUACUUCUGUUGUAGCCACAGAUGAUGACAUUGGAAAUGCUCCUGUCGCUGUGGAAGCUGCUGAUGCUGAAGUUGAAAGUUCAUCUGUUCCUAUUGAAAUCCCUGAUGUUGAUGUUGAAGCCCCUGCUGCUGAUGUUGAAAGUUCAUCUGCUCCUAUUGAAAUCCCUGCAGCUGAUGUUGAAAGUUCAUCUGCUCCUAUUGAAAUCCCUGCUGCUGAUGCUGAAAGUUCAUCGGCUCCUAUUGAAAUCCCUGCUGCUGAUGCUGAAAGUUCAUCGGCUCCUAUUGAAAUCCCUGAUGCUGAUGUGGAAGCUCCUGAUGCUGAAGAAGAAAGUUCAUCUGCUCCAAUUGAAAUCCCUGAUGCUGAUGUUGAAGCCCCUGCCGCUGAUGUUGAAAGUUCAUCUGCUCCUAUUGAAGCCCCUGAUGUUGAUGUUGAAAGUCCAUCUGCUCCUAUUGAAGUCCCUGCUGCUGAUGUUGAAAGUUCGUCUGCUCCCAUUGAAAUCCCUGAUGCUGCUGGCAAUGAGGAUAUUUCUGCUCCUAUUGAUACUGCUGAUGUCAGCAAUGAAGAUGUGCCUGCUCCCAGUGAAGUACCUGCUGCUGAUAAUGGAGGUACAUCUGCUCCCAUUGAAACCCCUGAUGCUGGAACUGAAGAUAUACCUGACCCUAGUAAAGAUACUAAUACUGGCAAUGAAGAUGCAUCUGUUCUCUGAAACGCAUGUAUGACAGCACCCUGGAAGUACCUUCUUCUGCCAAGGGAUCUGAUUCUGAAAUUGUGAUGCCAAUAUUCCAGGUCCCUUAUUACGGAUGAAUCUAGCACCUAAACGCCAGGUCUCUUAUUACUGAUGAAUCUAGCACCUAAAUGUUGGGGAAAAAAGGCAGUGCUGGAAACAUUCAGCAGGUCAGGUAACAUCCAGAAAGAGGUAACAUUUCAGGUGCUGGUAAAGUUCUGAUGAACUGUUCUGCUUCUGAUGAAGAGUCUUUGAACAGAAACAUUGUUUCUCUCUCCACGGAUGCAGACUGACCUGCCAAAUGUUUCCAGCAUUUUCUGUUUUCAACUUUCCAUCUUCGAGUUUUUCUGAUUUUCAAUUUUCACCUAACCUGUAGCUUUUUAAUUAACUCAGGUCAUCUAACACCCUAAACCUAGCAUAUAUUUUAAAUUUCUGAAUACAAUUUCUGAUACAUUUAGCCAAGAUCAUGGCUCCUAAGCCUACUAGCCUUAAUGCAGAUUUUCCCUUCUGCAUAGUUAGUAUUAUCCACAAUCCUAACAUUAAUAUUUCUUGUGAUAUCACAACCUGUCUGAAAUUUGCUUUUGCAUUCUCAACGAGAUUCUGGAAAGAAUGAAAAAAUAAACAAUACAAUUUUUCCAACAUCUGCAGUUCUUUCUUAAAUAACUAAAUAAAUAUGAGAUUACAUUAGCCACAUGACCCUGCAAAGAAACUGGCCAAACAAACAGACAAAUAUAUGUCUCAAUAGUUUUGUGGUAUCUUUGAAAUAUUCUAGACCUGAUAUUGCCAUUUGCCUUGUUGUUCAAGUCACAGUUCUUGAUUGUUAAAAGUCAGGUAAAACUUCAAUAAAUAUUGCUUUUG